AUGUCUUCCAACGCCUCCACCUACUCCAACCCCUUCGCCGUCGACCCUGCCGAGAUCCGCGACAUCAACGUCCAUGCACGCGUCCCCGUGACCCUCGACGCCUCCAACUCCACGUACUUCGCGUGGAAGACGUACUUUACGCUGCUCUUCCGCGAGAACAAUCUCGUGGAUCACGUGGAUGGCACCGUGGACUCCCGCACCAUGGUGGCCGACGCCGAGUGGACCGCGAUCGAUGCCACGAUCAUCCGGUGGUUCUUCACCACCAUCUCCAAGGACUUGUUCCACACGGUCGUGAGUGCCGGCGACGACGCCCGCGCCCUGUGGGUCAAGCUGAACGACCUCUUCACCGACAACCAGCUUCAGCGCCGCGUUUUUUUACAGCAGGAAUUUUUUGAUUGUCACCAGGAUGAACAGUCUAUUGAUGACUACUGCCGCCGCCUGAAGACGUUGGCGGACGAGCUCCUCCUCAGCACGCUCACCGCCGGCCUCAACGAGGACUUCGGCAACGCCGCCUCUAACCUCACCUUGAUGCCGGAGCCCUCCUUCCCCAAGUUUGUGGCGUACUUGAGGUUGGUGGAGCGCCAGAUGAAGGGGGUCAAGAAGCGUGUGCAGCACCACGCCCUCGCCGCCGGCACCUCCCGCGGCACCCCUCCACCGAUCGCCCCACCCGCGCCGCGCCAGUAG